UGUCUUUCACACACAACAGACAUUCCUCUCUCUUUUUACACCUUCAAUACACAUUUCAAUGAAACCAAGCCCAGCUGAAUUCGAUCCCUGAAACCCACCAGGAAAAUAAUGAAAAAAUCCCCUAAUUUAAUCUUUCAUAUUUUAUUUCUUCUCCUUUUGAUCAGCCCUUCAGUCUUUUCUUGGAAAAAAGAUGAGUUCAGAAACUGCAACCAGACACCUUUCUGCAAACGCGCUCGUUCACGGAAGCCCGGCGCGUGCAAUCUGAUCGCCACCGAGGUCUCAAUUUCCGACGACGGUGACCUCAUAGCCAAGCUCAUUCCGAAAACCCAAGAAAAUAAUGAGUCACAAGAUGCUCCAGUUGAGGUAGAUAGUAAGCCUUUACUCCUUACUGUUUCAGUUUAUCAAGAUGGUAUUUUGAGGCUGAAAAUUGAUGAAGAACAAUCUUUGAACCCGCCCAAGAAAAGAUUUGAGGUCCCUGAUGUGAUUCUUGAUGAAUUUUUGAGCAAGAAGUUGUAUUUACAGUGGCUUAGUGAGGAGAAAAUUGAUAAUGAUUUGGGUUUUUCAUCAGUUGUAUAUUUAGAUGGUGAUUAUGAAGGUGUGCUUAGGCAUGAUCCAUUUGAGGUUUUUGUGAGGGAGAGAGGGAAUGGAAAGAGGGUUUUGUCUAUAAACUCAAAUGGGCUGUUUGAUUUUGAGCAACUGAGGGAGAAAAAAGAAGGGGACGAUUGGGAAGAGAGGUUUAGAUCGCAUACUGACACGAGGCCAUAUGGUCCGCAAUCCAUAAGUUUUGAUGUAUCGUUUUUCGGGGCUGAUAUUGUUUCUGGGAUUCCUGAGCAUGCUACAAGUUUGGCUUUGAAGCCUACUAGUGGUCCUGGUGUGGAGGAUGGUUUUUCUGAGCCUUACCGGCUUUUCAAUCUUGAUGUGUUUGAGUAUAUUGAUGAAUCACCCUUUGGCCUGUAUGGUUCCAUUCCCUUCAUGAUUUCUCACGGAAAGGCGAGGGGGAGUUCUGGGUUUUUCUGGUUGAAUGCUGCUGAAAUGCAGAUUGAUGUUUUUGGUACGGGGUGGAAUGCUGGUCAGGAUAAGAUAAUGAUGCCAGUGGAUGAGAAGAGGAUUGAUACAUUGUGGAUGAGUGAGGCUGGUGUGGUGGAUGCAUUCUUUUUUGUUGGUCCUGGGCCAAAAGAUGUGAUCAGGCAGUACACUUCUGUGACAGGAAGACCAGCAAUGCCACAGUUGUUUUCAACUGCAUAUCACCAAUGCAGGUGGAAUUACAGAGAUGAGGAAGAUGUUUUUGAUGUUGACUCGAAGUUUGAUGAGCAUGAUAUCCCAUAUGAUGUAUUGUGGCUUGAUAUCGAUCAUACAGAUGGGAGGAGGUAUUUUACUUGGGACAAGGUCUUAUUUCCUAACCCAGAAGAGAUGCAGAACAAGUUGGCUGCAAAGGGUAGGCAUAUGGUUACUAUUGUGGAUCCUCAUAUUAAGCGGGAUGAUAACUAUUACAUACACAAGGAGGCUUCAGAUAAUGGUUAUUACAUCAAGGAUGCAAGUAACAGGGAUUUUGAUGGGUGGUGCUGGUCUGGGUCCUCAUCUUAUACUGACAUGGUCAAUCCAGAUAUUAGGUCCUGGUGGGCUGAUAAAUUUUCCUAUGGUAAUUACGUUGGUUCGACUCCAUCCUUGUACGUAUGGAAUGACAUGAAUGAGCCUUCUGUAUUUAAUGGUCCAGAGCUCACAAUGCCCAGGGAUGCUUUGCAUUUUGGAGGCAUUGAACACAGAGAGUUACAUAAUGCCUACGGUUAUUACUUUCACAUGGCUACAUCUAAUGGCCUUGUUAAGCGAGGAAAUGGAAAAGAUAGGCCUUUUGUCUUGUCGAGAGCCUUUUUCCCUGGAACUCAAAGAUAUGGAGCAGUAUGGACAGGAGAUAAUACAGCUGAAUGGGAACACCUAAGGGUUUCAGUUCCCAUGUUAUUAACCCUUGGUCUUACAGGAAUAUCAUUCAGCGGUGCCGAUGUUGGUGGAUUUUUUGGCAAUCCUGAGCCUGACUUGUUGGUGCGUUGGUAUCAACUGGGUGCUUACUAUCCAUUCUUCAGGGCACAUGCGCAUCAAGACACCAAAAGAAGAGAACCUUGGUUGUUUGGAGAAAGAAAUACAGAGUUGAUAAGGGAGGCAAUACAUACUCGCUACAUGUUUCUUCCUUAUUUUUAUACAUUAUUUAGGGAGGCAAACAUGACUGGUACUCCAGUUAUACGUCCACUUUGGAUGGAAUUUCCUGCUGAGGAAGAAACUUUCAGUAAUGAUGAGGCUUUCAUGGUCGGAAAUAGUCUUUUGGUGCAAGGAGUUUAUACUCAGCGAGCUAAGCACGUUUCAGUGUAUCUUCCUGGAGAACAAUCUUGGUAUGACUUGAGGAGUGGAGCUGCAUACAAGGGAGGUAAGAGACACAAGUUUGAGGCGUUGGAAGAUAGUGUUCCUGCAUUUCAAAGGGCUGGAACUAUCAUUCCAAGGAAGGAUCGGUUUCGCCGAAGCUCUACACAAAUGGGCACAGAUCCUUAUACGCUGGUUAUCGCGCUCAACAGCUCCAAGGAAGCAGAAGGUGAGCUCUAUAUUGAUGAUGGCAAGAGCUUUGAAUUCGAGAACGGUGCCUACAUCCAUCGCCGCUUCAAGUUUUCGAAUGGAAAACUUACAUCUUCAAAUGCUGCCCCUUCUGGUGCUGGUGGAAGCAGAUUUUCAACGGACUGCACUGUGGAGAGGAUCAUAUUGUUAGGAUUGUCUCCUGCUCCAAAAUCUGCACUCAUUGAACCAGCAAACCAGAAGGUAGGUGUUCAACGGGGGCCACUUACAAUUAGACAUGGAAACAGCCCUUCUUUUCUGACCAUCCGGAAGCCAAAUGUGCGAAUUGAAGAUGACUGGACGAUUAAAAUCUUGUAGUUAGUGGGAGAUUGUCAUCAAGGCACAAUUGAUGUUAACAUCUCCAAAUGUUGCCAGGUUUAUAAACUUGAUUAAGAUAAAUUUUGGUCUACUCAUCAAGCGGUUCUGAUGGGACUUGCUUAUACUCUAUGAACAAUUGGAAUGUUGGAUGUAUGCAAUUGGAAUAUGGAGAUAUGGGCAGUUGAGCAAAAAUAUGAAACCCUUUAUGUAUACCUUAGCAUCUUUGACGUUGUACUCAUCUGUAUAUAUUAUUAUUAUUAUUAUUAUUAUUA